CAGCUGCGCUUUGGUGUCACGGGUGGAAGGAAACGCAGGUAGAAGGAAACGAUGGAGACAGAAAUAGUGAAAAUAAUCUGCGCCAAUCAAGGCGCAGUUAACACUGAUGAUUUAUUAUAUAAUCUCUUCCCCGGUGAUCCCUCGAAGGUCUCGGAGAUCAUUUGUAACCGAGAGAAAUUUGCUUCGUGGUGUCCAAACGGACAGCCGAAGGUGGUGGCCAGGACCCGCCUGAGACUUUGCAGAGUCAAAGACUGCCCGCAGACAUGCAGGGAUCUGCACCUGUGUAAGAACUUCCUCUUCAGCGGCUUCUGUCAGUUCACUCAGCUCAGGAGGGGCGGCUGCUGCUUCUCCCAUGACCUGACCUCGGAUUAUAACCAAAGGCUUCUGAGAGAGCAUGAGCUGGAGAGCCUGAGCCGGGAGGAGCUGUGCACACUGCUGCUGCAGAGCAACAAUGCGCUCCUUCCUGAAAUAUGUUAUGACUACAACAACGGUGACGGAGAGUUUGGCAGGUGUAAGGAUGGUGAUGGUUGCAAGAGGCUCCACAUCUGUAAGAAUUAUCUGAACCGUGAAUGCAGCUGCUCAAAGAACCAUGAUUUUAAUGCUCCACAGCCAUUAAAAUCUUUGAAAGCUAGAGGUAUACCUGGCACCUUACUUCUGUCCUUGAAGGCUCUGUACACAAAUAAAGAAGCUUUGAGGCUGGACACCAAAAGGGGAGGAAGGGUCCACAGAGGCAACUCUUCCAGUGGUGAAGUCUCUACUUGUGGCAACAACACUACUGCAAGCAGGGAGGAUGUUGAGAGUCAGAAACGGGCACGCUGUUGGGAUAAAGGGAGAGACAGCAAGCCGGGCAACCGAGGAGGAACCAGUUCCUCCAGUGACAUCCACGCUGCUGUCGGUGAUGAAGCUGUGAAAGGUCAGAACAAGAGACAAAGGCCCAUCAGAGAUAAAACAGAGAUAUGCAUGUACUUCAUUAAAGGACAAUGCAUACAUGAGGAUCGAUGUUUUAAAGCUCAUGACAAGAUGCCAUACAGAUGGGAGGUCCAGCAGGGAGGCCAGUGGACUGCUUUGGAAGAAAACGAGACAAUUGAGAGAGACUACUGUAACCCCAGUAAAUCAUACAGCAGCACCAGCCCAGCCGUGCACUUUGACACGAUGACCUGCGGACCAAACAAAGUGCGUCGACUCUCGACAGAAAACUCAGUGAUUGAGCCGACCUUCAUCCACACCACUGAGUGGCUUUGGUACUGGGAGGAUGAGUAUGGAAGGUGGAACGUGUAUUUAUCGAACACUGGUGUACAUGAAGCAGCAGACAUCAACAGCACAAAGCUGGAGGAGAAGUUCCUGACCAACGAUAAAGAAGUGGUGGAGUUCACUGUUGGUUCACAGUCGUAUUCACUCAGUUUCCAGGACAUGAUUCAGACAAACAAGCAUUACGGCACUAAAAGGCUCGUGCGCAGACGGCCGCGGUUUGUCUCUGCUGCAGAUGUUCUUACAAAGAAACUCAGAAGGCCUCUGCUCCACACUUCUGCUCCAAUACCAGACAACUGGGACAAGACACAGAUCCCUCAAACAGGAUACUCGCCAGUCUCCCUCCAGCGCAGCUCAGCAGAGUUUAAGAAGGUUGAAGCUCUUUUCUGUAAAACCAUGAGAGGCUUUGAUAUUGUUGGCAUUCAGAGGAUUCAGAACAAAGCUCUUUGGGAAGCCUUUCAAUUGCAGAAGAAUCAGAUGAAGAGCAAAACCAGAUGUGGAAAUGUGACUGAAAAACAGCUUUUUCAUGGCACUGACUCCAGAUUUGUAGACGUCAUCUGCCACCACAACUUUGACUGGAGAAUCUGUGGAACUCAUGGAACGGCUUUUGGCAAAGGAAGUUACUUUGCCCAUGAUGCCAGAUACUCCCACGACUACACCGGCGACACCGAUGUCAGAGCCAUGUUCAUCUCACGGGUGCUGGUGGGAGACUACACCAGAGGGUCCUCCAACUAUGUCCGACCUCCUUCGAAGGACGGAGGGGACAUAAACUUCUAUGACAGCUGUGUAGAUGAUGUAAUGAACCCCUCCAUAUUUGUGGUGUUUGAGAAGCACCAGAUCUACCCGGAGUACCUGCUACAGUACAGGACCAUGUACAGUGGUGUUGCAGCAUCACCACCAAACCCAUCUGUGUUUGGUGGCAGUGCUGCACCUGCAGCAGCUUCUCAAAGCACUACUGAUUCUUGUGUCAUUGCUUAACAACAGUGCUGUAAAAAGGGGGUGGGUGGUGUUUUGGAAUUAUAUAAUAUUUUGCAGGAGCUCAUGCUAAAAGUUUUCUGAUAAUAUUUAAUAAUACGCGUACAGAUAGCAAAUAAACUAAAGGUGCUGUUACCUGGAAGCUAAAAAGCACUGAAAAGAUUAAUAGGAAGAUAUGAGUAGAAAAAAAUUAAGCAGUAAAUAUAAAUUACAGCUAAGUUCACAGUAGCAAAUAACUCAGUUAUUUAACAUAUUCCAGAAGAAAAUGUGAAUUGUGAGCUGCUGUUUAUAAUUAACAGAUUAAGAUUUUAUGAAUAACUUUCCAGUCAAAUGAUUUUAGAGCAUUUUAAGUUUCAUUUGAAGGAUGAUGAAACCUUGAUGAAAAUGCUGAAUAAGUAAGAGGUAGAUUUCUGAAGAAUGUGUCAGACAUGUUGAAUGAUUAAUACUUCAUGUUUUACCUUUGCACGUUAUAGACUUCUGUUUUUGUUGUUUUGAGGCUCGAAAUUUUCCACUUCAACCAAAUGUAAAAUUAUUUUUUAAGAUGAAUUUCUACAAAUUGCCACCAUUUCAACUCAGUUUGUUUCUAUGUGCAAAUUGAAGUUGCACAUAAAAACAGGUUGGCACGGUCACAUUUGUAGAUGUGAUUACAGAAAGUACACUAACUUUUAUACAGCAGCAUGCUGACCGUACCAGAAGAAACCCCUCCUCAAUUAUCUCAGGAAGUUUUAUAUAUCAUUCAUAUUUAUUGGUUAUCAGAGGUGGCAAAAGUACAGACAUUUUGUACUUUAAGUAGAAGUACAAAUACUUGUGUUAAAAAUACUCUGGUAAAAGCUGAAGUACUGAUUCAACUUCUUUACUCAAGUAAAA